CUCUCUCUCUUCGUGUUUUGUUCACACUUCUUCUCCUUCUCCUUCUCCUCCGCCUUCUUCUUCUUCUUCUUCUUCUACUUCUUCUAAUUAUUCUUCUUGUGUCUCUUUGCCUGCGGGAGCUUGGGAUUGAAUUGGAGCUUCGAAAUGUGUUUAGAGGAUGUCAUCGAAGACUCUACUUAGAUGGAUCUUCAACUCCAAGGCGCCCUCUGAAGAACCCACCAUGACUGACCCCGACGACAAGCCCGACUCGCCCCCUCAAUCGAGCGCCGAACCCGAUCCCCCACCAUCCGAUCUCGAUCGGACGGCGGAGAACCCGCCGGUGGAAGAGCUGGAGCGCCUCGAUGUGGGAGUGUCGGAGCCGUCAGUCGAAGAAGGAGGAGGAGCCGAGAAAGGGUCCAGCGCUGGUGGAGUGGAGGACGGCGACGGCGAUGGCAAGAGCGAAGGAGGGAGCGACGGGGACAAGGACGAGAAUGGAGAUAGUCAGAGUGACGACGAGAAGAAAGAAGAGAGGAGGAGGGUUAAUAAGUAUCCGGUGAGGCCUGAAGCGGAGGACUGCUCUUAUUAUAUCAAGACGGGCACUUGUAAAUUUGGAUCCAAUUGCAAGUUCAAUCAUCCAGUGCGGCGGAAGAAUCAGAUUGCGAAGGAUAAGGUGAAGGAAAAGGAAGAACCAAAAGAGAGGCCGGGACAGACAGAAUGCAAGUAUUACUUAAAAACAGGAGGUUGUAAAUUUGGCAAAGCCUGUAGAUACAACCACUCCAGACCAAAAGCGUUUGUAGCCCCCUUUGCAGAGCUUAACUUUUUGGGCCUGCCCAUCAGACCGGGAGAGAAAGAAUGUCCGUUUUACAUGCGUACUGGAUCCUGCAAGUAUGCAGCUAAUUGCAGGUUUAAUCAUCCUGACCCCACUGCAGGAGGAGUUGACCCUCCUUCAGAAUAUGGUAAUGGAGGGUCUGCUCCAUUGCAAAGUGCAUCACAAUUUCCGGUGGCAUCAUGGUCAUCACAAGGAGCGCUGAAUGAGUCCACACCCUUUGUGCCUAUGAUGUAUUCUCCAACCCAUGGGGUGUCAGCGCACAAUGCGGAAUGGAAUGGUUAUCAGUUUCCUGUCAAUCCACCGGGACCAGUGGUGCGCCCUCCUUCAGCAUUUAUCAUGAAGCACCCUGUGACUGAUAGCCAUAUCUAUCCCCAUCAUCAGAUGGUAAUUGAUGAAUAUCCAGAACGACCUGGCCAACCUGACUGCAGUUACUUUCUGAAAACUGGGGAUUGUAAGUUCAGGUCUAACUGCAAAUAUCACCAUCCGAAGGAUCGAAUCUCAAAAUCACCUCCGGUUCUCCUGAGUGACAAGGGCCUUCCAUUGAGACCGGAUCAGAACAUCUGCUCAUAUUACAGCCGCUAUGGCAUUUGCAAGUUUGGUCCUGCUUGUAAAUUUGAUCAUCCUGUGCACUUGGCUUCGUCAACCAUGACCGGACUAGAUCAGCCAUCUUCAGUUGGCGACUCUGCCACAAGUGAUGGGCCAAUGAUGGAUGGGACAAGGAACUCAAGCGAUGCUAUUCAGCAAUCUGUAUAGCCCAACUGCUCUCUAGCUUUGUAGGCUUUUAGUGUCCCUGGCUUCAUUUCUUCCCUUGAACGUGAAGAAUGCUAACUUAUGCCCAGCUACCCCGAGAUCUCCAGUGAGUGGUGCUUUCUUACAAUGUUUGCUAAAUGGUCAGUAUUUAAAUAAUUGUACAUUGUCUCGGUUUUAGGCUUAUUUUGGGACUUGUCUGGUUACUGGAUUGGUGGUUAUCAGUGAAACUGCUGUUCAGGAAUAGGCAAAAAGGGUGAAGUUAUGCACU